UCUCUCUCUCUCUCUCUCUCUCUUUCUCUCUCUUCUGAGUGUCGUCUCAGAUAUCAGAGAGGAAGAGGGUGGAGGCAAUACCAGAAGUGUGUGGAGUCUCGGACCUCCCACAUUUCGUAGCCUCGCGUCCCUCCUCCUUCUUCUUGGUGGCCGCGGCUCGCCUGCAGGAGGUUCAGGCUCGCACGUGCUUCUCUGGUUCGCGUUGUGCGGUUCGGGAUUUUCCGGCGAACACUGGUUUGAGGAAGAGGUCGUCUCUGCUUGAGAUCGUUGCGUCCCGGACGUGUCCACAACUCUCCUGCGCUUCGCGAGGGAGACUCAGCGUGUGUGCUGGUCAUCUUCAUCGUCUCUUCCCCCUCCCCCCCUUUGCCUAUUCUUUAUCAGUAGGAAAACAAGAUGGUUCUCUGGGUAUUUGGAUAUGCCUCCUUGGUCUGGAAUCCUGGUUUUGAAUAUGAUGAAAAAAUAGUUGGGUACAUCAAGGGCUACAGGCGGGUGUUUAAUCUAGCUUGCAUAGACCAUAGGGGAACUCCAGAAAGGCCUGCGAGAAUAAGCACAUUGGAGGCUGUAGAAGGAGCAGUCUGUUGGGGGGCUGCAUACUGUAUUAAAGGUGUAGAAAAAGAAAGAGCAGCCAUGGAGUACUUGGAGGGAAGAGAAUGUGAAUAUGACCUGAAGAUUCAAGUGGAUUUCUACAAGGAGGAGCCGGGUCUCACUCCAUCAGUGACAGGAGUUUUGGUAUUUGCUUCAACUCCAGACAAAGAAGGAAAUAAAUACUAUUUGGGACCAGCACCACUGGAGGAAAUGGCAAGUCAAAUUGCACAUGCCGUUGGACCUUGUGGAAACAAUAGGGAAUAUCUUUUCUCGUUGGAGGAAGCUAUGUAUAAUAUAGGCCAUAAAGAUGAUUACGUGAUUGAGCUUGCAAAUGAAGUCAGGAAGGUCUUGGCAAGAACAAGAGAGAAGAAGAUCAGCAGCCCAGUGGCUCAUCUCUUACACAAGCCGCAAUUCGCUCUCAUUCAUCCUCAACCCCUAACUGAGACCAUCAUUGCCUUGGAUGCUUGACCAGCAAACCUGCUAACCACUCAAAAACCAGAAUGCGAAACAGAUUAAGGAGAAAGGUGCUGCUGCACUUAUGUAUUAGCUGUAUCUGCUUCCAUUUGGCUUAUAUUUGCUCUUUGGUCCCCAUAACCAGCGAGAUGUAACUAGCCUGAUCCUAACUCCGUUGUUACUGUCUGAUGGUUCAACCUCUCUUUCUUUGUGCACCUUAUUUUUGUCGGAUGAUCCCAUUUUCGCUGCUUCUUCUUUCUGUAGUGAGCAACCUAUCUUUCUGAGUGUAACAGACAGUUAUACUCUGGAAAUAACAGAUAGUCAGGUUACAUUUGCUUGAA